AGUUUAUUCGCAGCAGUCGUGAUAGUAGCAUUCAAACAUACGCCUGAGAAACAUUUUGUUAAGAUUACAACAUGUCUCAGAGAAAACACAGCAAAAAACAAGAAACUUAUGUUGGCCUUCUGCUCGAGGGUGCCCAGAAAAAUGCCCCAGAUGAUGUUUUAUCCAUCAAAAAGGCAUUAGCUGAAAGUAGGCAGGAAAACCAAACUCUGGACAACAUGAUUAAACAAAUCAAAGCAGAGAAAAUUCAGCUUGUAAGGAAGUGCAGACACAUGGAGGCCCUAAAUAAACAGUUGGAAGAAAGGCAUAAUGAAUUUGUCAAGAACCAACGAGAACAAGAAAAUGAAAAGCGAAGGCAGCCCAAUGUGGAUAAUAUAAAUAAGGGCUGGGAAAUAAUGUUUAAGCAAGCAAAGGAGAAGAUUUUUAACCUGGUGACAAGAAACAAGCACAACUGUGCUGAAUUAAGAAAAAUGUCCCACCAGCUUGAAGAAUCAGAAGAUAUUAAUGAGGAGCUCUAUGAGAAUCUCCAAGACACUAAGAAAAAGAACCAGGAGAUGGGAGUACAACUUGAUGAAGCCCAGGAAAAAAACAAAGAGUUUCUUCAGGAGAAACAGCAACAGGAAAAAAUGCACAAAAAGACACAACUUAUUCUCCAAGACUUAGAAAGGAAAAAUCUACAACUAAAUGGAUGUUAUAAUGAAAUGAAGGAGAAAAUCAUGAAACUAGAAGGAGAAAGGGAAAAACUGAAAAAACAAUGCUCAGGCAUGCAGUCUACUUUGAUUGAAAUGCUAAGAAAGAACUCAGAGCUUGAGGAAGAUAAUAACAACUUAAAAUGCAAAUGCAGUGAAAUGCUAAGCAAGAACUCAGAGCUUGAGGAACUUAAUAACAGAUUAAAAUACAAAAACGAUGAAAUCCUGAGAAAGAACACAGUGCUCGAGGAACAUAAUAAGAACUUAAAAUACAAAUACAGUGAAAUCCUAAAAAAGAACACAGAACUCGAGGAACUUAAUAACAACUUAAAAUACAAAAACAAGAAAAUGCUCAGGGAAAACACAGAGCUUGAGGAAAUUAAUAAGAACUUAAAAUACAAAAACAACGAAAUGCUGAGAAAGAACACAGUGCUCCAGGACCUUAAUAACAACUUAAAAUACAAAAACACUAAAAUGCUCAGGGAAAACAGAGAACUCGAGGAAACGAAUAAGAACCUAAAGUGCAAAAAGUAUGAUAUGCUCAGGGAAAACAGAGAACUCGAGGAACUUAAUAAGAACUUAAAAUACAAAACCAAUGAAACGCCCAGGAAAAACACAGAGCUCGAGAAACUUAAUUACAACUUAAAAUGCAAAAAAAAUGAAAUGCUCAGGAAAAACAGAACUUAAUAACAACUUCACGUGCAAAGACAAUGAAAUGGAAAUAGCCUCCUCUUCAUCCACCUCUUUUCUUUUUUCCCCCUUACCCCCCAACUAGUCAAGGCGGAUGACCCUCACUGAGCCUGGUUCUGCAAUAGGUUUCUUCCUUUUAAAAGGGAGUUUUUCCUAACCACAGUCGCCUAGUGCUUGCUCAGAGGGGAUUGUUGGGGUUUUCUCUCCUCUGUCUCUUUCCUCCUUUC